GUCUGACAGACGGGCUCGCGCUCUCGGCUUUGCUUUACUUGAGUUCCCUUCCGUCUCCUGUCUGUCCUGCGCCUGGCUCGGGGGCAGGACAUGGCCAGUGCCCCUGGCUGGGGCCGGGCUCCGUGCUCUCUCACACACAUUUGGAUUUAAGCGAGAAGCUGCCCUCCUCUCUCGGUUAUUCCCUCAAACACGAGUGUCCAGGGACUGGCUGGUCACACAAUGCAGCUCAGUCUGCCACUGACCAUCACUCUCACUCUGAUAAUGCUGCUCUGUGGUCACGCACACACAGCUAUCAGCUGUGACAGCCUCGUCUGUGUGACUGAUUACAUCAACAAUAUCACUUGUACCUGGAGGCCUGGAACCAGCCUGGACCCCGAGACCACCGUCACGCUCAGCGCCACCUCGUAUGGCUCAGACCUGCGCUGUGAGCUGUGCUGUGAGCUGUGCUGUGAGAUGAGAGAGAGUGAGGAGCCCGGGCUGUACACCUGUACACUCUACCAGGACAUCGGCAUCACCAGUGACAUAUACAACCUCACCCUCCAAACCCAGGGGCUCGGCAAACAGCCCACCCCACAGAACUGCACUGAGUUUGACCCAACACAGAACAUUAAACCUCCGGCCCCGUUUAACCUGUCGGUGUGGGCAUCCUCCAACAACAGCUCCUCCAGCCUGUCCUGGGCCAUGCUGUAUGACGAGUACAGUUACCUGACUGAUUUCCUGUACGAACUGCACAUCAGCUCCGGAGAGGAGGGCGAGAGGCACAUAGAGAGCGUACGGACGGUGGUGUCUCUGUCCCACUCACUACUGGUCCCGGGGACGGAGUACGAAGCCCGCGUACGCGCGCACGUACAGGAACUGGGCUACAGCGGCCAGUGGAGUGAGUGGAGCCCGUCGGUGCGCUGGAGGACUGCGGACAAGGCUGUGCUGUGGACCUUGUGGCUGCCACUCCUGUUCGGCGUCCUCAUCGUGCUCCUCAUCGUCAUCUUCUUCAGGUUCAGAGUCUUCCAGAGGGUGUGGAACAAGCUGUGGAUUUUGCCGCCAAACCCCGCCCCCUUCUUCAAGCCGCUGUUCAGGGAUCACGGAGGGAAUUUCACGAGUUGGGUGAACGCUCGGUAUCCACACACCAUGUACGAGGUCAGUGAGAAGAGUCUGAUGGUGAUGGAGAAAGGUGAUGCCGUGCAGGUGUUCGACGCUCAGGCCAAGGAUAAGAGGGCGGAGCUGCACUCCUCCUGGCAGGCGCUGGGGGGCCCGAUGCCCUGGGGGGUCUCCUACUCCGGGGGCCGCUUCGGGGCCGAGACCCCUCACUGGGGGGAGAGGUCGUACGGGCAGGUGUCCAUUGACACGGUGACGGUGGCUGAUGAGCCUGCGCCGUGCUGUGUCCAGUGUCAAUGUCACUGCAGCUCACAGCGAGCCCCCCGCCCCAGCCUCCUGUAUGGGUCUGGCCAGGCCAACGGCCAGGAGCCUGAACUGACUGCCUCCCUCCUGGUCACUGGCCACAGCCGGCAGCUGCUGAGUGGGCGUGUGUGGGCCGUGGAGGACCAGGGGCCAUUGGUGGCGGGUACCGAGGGCGAGAUGGGGGCCUGGGAUAGUUCGAGGGGAGACAGAGACACCGGCUCCUGGAGCGACCGGAGCCUGGAUUCCCUGUCCUACCGCAGCCAGCUCAAGCCUAACCCCGACAACCUGAGUGACCCCGGCUAUCCCCGUCACCCCGGCAACCUGAGUGACCCCGGCUAUCCCCGUCACCCCGGCAACCUGAGUGACCCCGGCUAUCCCCGUCACCCCGGCAACCUGAGUGACCCCGGCUAUCCCCGUCACCCCGGCAACCUGAGUGACCCCGGCUAUCCCCGUCACCCCGGCAACCUGAGUGACCCCGGCUAUCCCCAUCACCCCGGCAACCUGAGUGACCCCGGCUAUCCCCGUCACCCCGGCAACCUGAGUAACCCCGGCUAUCCCCGUCACCCCGGCAACCUGAGUGACCCCGGCUAUCCCCGUCACCCCGGCAACCUGAGUGACCCCGGCUAUCCCCGUCACCCCGGCAACCUGAGUGACCCCGGCUAUCCCCGUCACCCCGGCAACCUGAGUGACCCCGGCUAUCCCCGUCACCCCGGCAACCUCAGUGACCUCGGCUAUCCCUGUCAACCCAGCAACUUGAGUGACCCCGGCUAUCCCCGUUAUCCUGGCAACUUGAGUGACCCCGGCUAUCCCUGUCAUCCCGGCAACCUCAGUGACCCCGGCUAUCCCCGUGACCUCGGUGACCUCAGUGACCCCGACUAUCCCCGUGACCUCGGUGACCUCAGUGACCCUGGAUCUCCACAUGAUCUUGGUGACCCCGGCUAUCCCAAGCUGCUGGACCUGGACACUGUGGACAGUGGGUUUAUGGAGAUCGACAGUGACUCCACCAGCGAGGCCGAGGGCAGCGGGGAGGGGGGGACCGAGGGUCCCGGGGAGGAAGGUCAGUAUUGUCGGAGUUACAUGAAGCAAUGGGUGACGUCCAAUUCAGGCAUCACAGGCACUCGCAGCCCCCGAUAA